AUGCGCAAGGCGUUUCAGGCGAUGAACUUAUCACGCCGCCGCAAAGGCGGCCUGGCUGAAGAGGAACCUGCCGUGCCGCCGGCACCUGCCGUCGCUGCGAUGCCGCGCGCAAUGCUCCCGCCGGAUCAAAGCAGCUUCUCUGAAUACUCGGGCUCUGGGUAUGACGACGAGACAGGCUAUGACGACGAGUCGGGCUAUGAUGACGAGACAGGCUAUGAUGACGAGACAGGCUAUGAUGACGAGACAGACUAUGACGACGAGACAGGCUAUGAGGACGACGAUGCGACUGGCUACGAGUACGAGAGUGAGCCUUAUUCGGAGGACAACUCUAUGCGUCGUCUCGGCACCGGCUUCCAUGGCCAACCAGAGUCACUAACAUUCGAUGAGCCCUAUGAUGAUGAGCCAUCCAUGUACGAUAAUGGGCCGUCCAUGUACGAUAAUGGGCCAUCCAUGUACGAUGAUGAAAAUCUCGACGAGUACGCAAGCGACUAUGACGAUGAAGCCGCCUCAGAUACUACCGCGCACGCUGACCACGGCAAUUCACGCAUCGUGACAACCCCUACCCCCGACGCAGCUCGGCUUGGCGAACGCGCCGAUCCUAGGGCAGAUGCGGCCGUUGCACCGACACCUGUUGUCCCAGUACAGAGCCGCAUGGACGAGCCAGCAGAGCCACCCAUGGAGGCAUCUACCUCGCGCAAAGGCUUUUUCCGUCGAUUUUCGCGGUUCUCGCGCAACAAAAAAGUUGCGUCAGCCGAGCCUGCGCUGGAGGAUCCAGCUGUUAAGCGUGCUUCCAUGCUGGCAUCGAUUGCACAGCGGAAGGACCAUGCACAGGGUCUACGAUCUGACGCAGAGGCUGUUCUGCGGGGCGAGGAGCCACCCGGCCCGAGCCGCGGCGGUGCUACGUUUUUGGGUGCUACCGAACGUGUUCGAGACCGAGGCACCACACCACUCGAGGCGCCCGCGUCCCCGCCUAUCCACACUGAGUCGCCGCCUGCGCGUGCAGCACCCGUGGCGCGUUCACCAUCUCCCAUAUCGUCCAUGAACACCGAAACGGACAGUAUCAUCUCGGACCCUUAUGCCGAGUCCCAGUCGUACCGCAAUGAGUCGAAUGAACGCGUGUCAGAGCUGUUUGAUCGCCCACAGCGUCUCUCACCGGUAUCGCCGACCCCCCCCCAGUCGACGCCCAGGAUCGGCGAGACGCGUCAGAUGACGCCCCCAGAAGAAGACUCGCUGCAUCGCAUUAUGCCUGUUGCUCCUGCUGAGCCCGAGGCGAGCGAUGCGGCGUCGCUAGCAACGCGAGACACCGCGGCACCCAGCGCGUCGCCUGUACGGCUACGUGGCGAGACGAGCGGGCGUAUGCCGCAGCUAAUUGAUCCAUUUGGCGAGGGCCCCGCCAUGGGGCCCGUGGCGUACGAGGGGCCUCGGCCGCGUAGCAUUGAGCCGAGCGUGUUCGAAGCGGAGGGCACAUCGAUGCAUCCAGCGAGUCCGCUCAUGCCACGCACAGGGCCCCUUAGCGGUCAGCGCAUCUCUGAUCCGUCGUCGCUGGACCGCUCGGACCGCAUGAUGUCGCGACACAAAUUCACACCCUCCACCGGCACUACGAGCGACUUGCUCUCAAUGCACACGGCAUCUCCUCAGGCAUCACCGGCGCCCGCCGCUCGCGAACGUGUACCGCGCGUACGACCGGCUCCCACCGAUGUGCCACCUGUGCCACCGAUUCCGCCGUCCCUGUCCGGCUCGAGCUCUGUGCGUCCACCUCCCGUGACAGUGAAGCCGGCGCCGCCGGUUCGCCCACGCCCGCCACCCAAGGUAUCCAACUUUCGAGGUCUCGAGCACAAAACACCUGCUUCGCGUGCGCGCAACCCGCUGCGACAGCCGCGUGAGGCGCCGCGCUACCUGCUGACGCCGUCAAAUGCGCCGACCGAGUCGGAGACGGACGACGAGCCAUUACGCCGGGCGCAUGCAUCGCGGAAUGCGGCUACGAAGCGCUCGUGGCUGCUACGUGACUUGACGCCUGAGCAAACACACUACCUCCUGCGCGAGAUGGUAUCCAAGGAGCUGACGUGGGAAUGGGACCGACUCUUUCUCCUUACGUCGUUUGAGAAGCCCACGGAUCCCGCAGCGCACGAGGCCUCUGAUGCGGACUCGCGUGCUGGUGACUUUGAUGAUGCAGCGGAUAUGACGGAUGACGAGGCCGUGUUCCGCCGCGACGUGUACGAUCCUGCACCGAUGCCCGUGGACCUGCCGCUGAUGCGCUUCCUCCUGCGUAAUGCCUUUUGCACAUUUCCGUUGUUUGUUCCGCCGGAGCCGGCCGGUAAGCAGGGGCGUGCACCCAACAAGGCGGCCAUGGCACGCUCGUACUUCUUUUCAGCGAUCGUACCGCUCCUGCGUGAGGCUCAGGCGCGCUCGUUGAGCUCGGCGAUUGAGCGCCAUGGGCAGAGCGAUGGUAUGCCGUUCAUGGCGCAGUCGCUGCUGACUGCGCUGGGGCAGCUGCUGCACAAGUGGGCCACGCGCUACAUCACGGCAGUGUUACGUGUGGGCCCUGGCAACCCAUUCUAUGGCGCGGAGCCUAUGCACAACGUGCCGCUGCCGUGGCCCAAUGCCAAGCUUCUUCCACCCGAGGCAUUUGUGAGCUACCGCCGGCCGACAGAUCGGCUGCGCCUGGGAGGUAUGGAGGUUGAUAUUGUCGCUGUGCGCGAGCACCUGCAUCAUAACCGCGACUUUUUGCUGCGGAUCCGCCGGCCGAACCGUAUGGAUGAGUUUGUUGUACGCAACGACAACGACUGGGACGAAUUCCGGGCAAAGCUGGCGCAGGAACUCGGGCCGUUUGUGCAUGUGCGACCGCUGCCGCGCCUUCCUGGGCGUGAGCAGCUGGCUGCAUCCAGUGAUGAGUCGAUGUCGGUAACGGACGGCUCAUCGUACGACUCGCGGACAAGCUACGAGGAUGAUGAGACGAGUCCCUAUGACGAAUCAUCGUACGACUCAGAGAGCACAGUGGAUGCGCAUGGCCCUCGGCGCCCGGACGGCCUUUCGUCUGCUGAUGCUUUGCCGCCGUUGUACGGGCAGCGCCAGCGUCCUGUGCCGCGGUUUGAGGUGGACCGCCGGCUGCUGCGCUCGUGGCUGCGUGACACGCUGGCCAUCCGCAGCAUUGGCGAGAGCAACGAGGUGCGGGCGUUCCUGAGUAUUGGGUGCUUCCACGACCGCGACCUCGAUACGGACGAACUGCUGAACAUUGCCGAACGCCGCCGUGUCGAUAGCCGGCGCAUUGAGGAGCGCGAAAAAGAUGCCGAGAUGGCCGGUGAGCAUGUGCUGAGCAUUCGCCGCAUUGCGCAGCGUAUUUGGGCUGACUGCGUGGACGGCGAUGGCUUUUUAAAGAUGUACAAUGCGCUCAAAGCGACGCCUGAUUUUGCGGAUCUGCCGACAUCAUACCAGACGAUGGUGUCGUGGGGCCAUCUGCAGACGGCGCGCUUCCUGUAUGGCAUCUUUGUGCAGGGCGACCAGUCGCGCGCCAACCUUGCGCGGGUGCGCGACUUGGUGGAUGUGAUUCCGUGGCGUAAGAUGGCGAACGCACUGCGUCUGCCUGCGAUCCAGGCGGUGCGUGAGUGGCAGAAGCAGUUUUUGCGGAAGCGGUUCCUGCAGUCGCUUUUCCAGAUCCUCUAUGACGACGACCCAGUGGUAAUGGACGAGAAUUUGCGAGAACUCCAGCAGCAGAUUGGGUCUGACACGAUGAUCCGCAAGCUGCGAAUGUAUGUCGAGAGCCCUGAGGACAUGAAGCGCUUGGUGCGACAGCAUGCUGACCAGGCCGAUAUCCCGCUCGUGGCGGCGAUUGUGCGCGGCUCGGAUUCACCCAAGUUGACCCGGACGGAGGUCGAGCGUGUCAUGGCGGCGACGCACGAGUAUAACGAGUUUUUGGCGACGCACCCGAACGCGGUGCGCCGCCGCCAGAACAACCGUGCGGGCUACCAGCUCAUUUUGAAUUUGCAGCGUGUCCUGCGUAUUUACUCGCUGCACCGCGACGUGACGCAGAUUCGCGGCAUGCUACAGGAUCCCGCCAUUCUCGACGCGCUAACUAUCUUUUUCGAGCCGCUGCUCGACGCGCUCGUGCGUGCGCAGCGCGUAGACGGCGUGCACGACGACCUUCUCGGCCUGCACGCCUUUUUGCUGCGUCUUUUUGAUCUGCUCGAGAGUCUCCGUGCGCGUGUGCAGGACCCAGCACGCUCGAUCAACACGAUUGCCGUGUUCUUAGAUCGGGCCGCGCCCUCCUGGUACAACUUUGUGCAUCGCUGGGCGCAGGUCGACCCGGCCGUGUUUAGUACGUUUGCGUGGCUGCGGCAUCUGGCGAUGACGGUCGGUACGGGCUCUGAGGAUUUGGCGUCGAUAUGGGAGCCGCCUAUGCUUGCGACGCGUGGCGCUCCGAACGCGCCGCGCCUGUCUGAGAGCCAGCGGCUCGAAGUGCAAGGACUACUCGAGGCGGCGCGGCGGAAACGCGGACGCCAAAUGGAGAUUGCCUCGCGCUGGGCGGCCGGCGAUACCGAGGCUGACUUCAGCAUCCAGGUGCUGGGCGAUGGCACAGGGCGCAUGCGUCGCGACCCGUUCCUGCCGAAAGAGCCGGCGCCUGCACCGAAAACGCCUGCACUCUCCGGCCUGCUGCGGAGCUUCCGCGAGGCCAUGUCGAGUGCGUUGGCAAGCUAG